GUGAUCGACCAAGUAGGGUUUUAAAAACAGAAGGGCAUUUUCCCGCGAAGGGAGAAUAAAACCCUGCAAAACCCUUUCUCUUUGAGCAAUUUAGCAGCAACGAUGCACGGUCAUGGUGAUGACGAGGACGACAAUGGAGAGGUCUUCCUCGAUGAAGAUGACAUCAUCAAUGAAAUCACUGUCGACGAAGAAGAUCUUCCUGAUGUGGAAGAUGAAGCCGGUCCAGAUGCUGAAGAUAUUGAGGAACUUGACGAUUCAAUGCACGUGUUCACUGGCCAUACUGGUGAACUUUAUACGGUUGCAUGCAGUCCAACAGAUGCGGCACUAGUGGCAACAGGUGGAGGAGAUGAUAGGGGAUUUAUGUGGAAGAUUGGCCAAGGAGAUUGGGCUUUUGAACUUAAAGGGCACAAGGAUUCUGUUUCUAGUUUAGCCUUCAGCACUGAUGGGCAGUUACUUGCCUCAGGAAGCUUUGAUGGACUUAUCCAAGUAUGGGACAUAUCUUCAGGUAGUCUCAAGUGCACACUUGAAGGUCCUGGAGGGGGCAUUGAGUGGGUCAGGUGGCAUCCAAGGGGGCAUGUGGUCUUGGCUGGUUCAGAGGAUUCUACUGUUUGGAUGUGGAAUGCCGACAAAAGUGCCUAUCUUAAUAUGUUUUCUGGUCACGGUAGCAAUGUAACUUGUGGUGAUUUUACCCCUGAUGGUAAAACUAUUUGUACUGGUUCAGAUGAUGCAUCAUUAAGGAUAUGGAACCCAAAAACUGGUGAAAACAUCCAUGUUGUUAGAGGUCAUCCAUAUCAUACUGAAGGACUGACAUGCUUGGAAAUAAGCGCUGAUUCCAUGCUUGCUAUUACAAGUUCAAAGGAUAGCUCUGUUCAUAUUGUUAACAUAUCAAGUGGGAAGGUGAUUAGUUCACUGGUUGGUCAUUCAGAUUCAAUCGAGUGUGUUGGACUUUCUUUGAGCUUCCCUUGGGCUGCAACAGGGGGCAUGGAUCAGAAGCUCAUCAUCUGGGAUCUGCAGCAUUCAUCACCACGUUGCACGUGUGACCAUGAGGAAGGUGUGACAUGUUUGUCAUGGCUGGGUGCAUCUCGGUACAUAGCCACUGGCUCUGUAGAUGGGAAAGUACGUAUAUGGGAUAGCCUCUCUGGGAAUUGUGCUAGAACUUUCAGCGGUCACUCUGAAGCCAUUCAGUCCCUGGUCGUCUCUGCUACUGGGGAAUUCCUUGUUUCAGUGUCACUUGAUGGGACUGCUCGAGUAUUUGAAAUGGCUGAAUUUCGAUAGGAAAGAAGCGAUAUCUGUAAGAAGCGCUAAAGUUAUUGCCGUAAAUUAAUGUCUGUGCAAUAUAUGUACUGGUAUUUUUGUUUUGUCAAAUACCAAAUAGUUUUGGUGGAAAAAUCAUUGUGGCAGAAUUUAAUCAUGCAUUAUGUGGUACAUGAAUUAACAUUUUUUAGCUGUGAAGAGUACCUGAGGUUUGCUGCUU